AUGAAGACCUUUGCCCUCCCUGUCAUUCUCGGGCUUGCCAGCCUCGCGACUGCCCGCACCGACAUCAGUGGCUGCAUCUCGUCGCAAACCACGGAUCAAUGGCACGAAGCCAGUAUGAUUUGGUGGGUUCCCGACACUGGCGAGAUCUGCGACUUUGUUGACUGCGGUGGCGGUCGUGCUCCUCCCAAGACCACCCAGCCCGGUUGCCCUCUCUACUCCGGCACCGCGACUUUGACUCCCAGCUACAUGCCCGGUUGGGGUCCUAACGGCAAAUUGGCCGCUAGUACCACCACCGUCGCGCAGACCACCUCCUCCGCCAAGCCGACCUUGACUGGCGAGUCUAGUGAAAAGUCCACCACUCAGACUGAGAGUGGUGGCAGCAUGGUCACCGCUGCACCCACUAGCUCGCCCGUUGUCUCUUUGACCACGACUAGUUCGUCUGCCUCGAAGAUCGGAAACUCUACCACCUCUGGAAACUCAACUACUUCUGCUUCGGCCGCUGUUCAUACUGGUGGGGCUAGUGGAUUUGCCGCGACUAACCUGGCUGGUGUCAUGGUUAUCGUCGCUGCUGCGGUGGGCGCCGUUGCCCUGUAA